AUGGACGAAUUACUUCUCUGGCUUGAAGUAAGGAUUACAUCUUCCUUGAGACCAAGAGCAGAAGAAAUGAAAAAUCUACUUUCGGAUCACAGUUACAGAUCCUGCCUCUUUGAAUUUCUGAAGAAUGAAGAUAUACACACUUUAUAUAUUUACUUUAAGCUGGACAAGGCAUCCUUAUCAGCCACGCUGUCACCACCACAUGUCUUACAGAAUAAAUGUUUAUGCUUUUUGAAACUGGGGACUGCAAUCAAACUUACAGCAGAAAAUAUAGCUGAUCAUGUGAUUUCUGUGGACUGUGACAAACUCCCAUUAAAGUAUUUUGAUGGUCUUCUUCACCAAGUCUACUUGCCACUUCUGAGCAAUAACAAUGCAACAGGUGGAACAUACAGCAACGACAAGAUCAUUGAUGUUUUACAUAGGUUUACUGGGAGCCUGGAGGUGAUUGCAGGCCAUGCACAGGGGUCCAUUGUACUUCCCAUUCCCUCUCUUGAAUUACUGAAAAACACCUCACUAUUCAACAAGCAUGGAGCUGCAAUACAUAUUCUGGAAACCUCGGUCAUUGGUUGGAUAAAGCAGAUCAAGGAUGUACUUAAACAUGAACCUCUUGCUGAGAUUAAAGCCAAGGGUGUAAUGGCAGGGAUUUAUCAGGAAAAGGAGAUGUGGGAAAUGCAUAUUCACAAUCUGGAAUCUAUUAGCCUGCAGUUAAAUUCUGCUGAAGCCAGAGAGAUUGUCUACCAUCUGGAGCAGGCCAAAAGCACGUAUGGAAAAUCAAUUUCUUCAGUGACAAAUGAUGUACAAAAGGCGCGGCAUCAAACAGAGGAAAACUUGAUGUUCUUAAAGACAAUGGUUGAGUGCUAUGAUCAGCUAAAAUCUGCCAGACCUCACUUAGAGAAGCAGAAAUGCUUUUUUCAAUUGCUUCACCAUUUGCUUUUUGUUUGGAAGCAUUCCAGAUAUUAUCAUCAAAGCAAAGUGUUUGUAAACCUUCUCAGAUUAUUGUCAAAUGAAGUGGUUCAGAUAGCCUGUGGUCUACUAGGAAAUAAUUUUUUGCAUAAUUCUCAGGCAUACAGUUUGCUGAAGGAAGCUUUAAAAAUUUGUGCAACUUUUCGUGGAAAUUACCUUGAUGUAAAAAUCAAAGCUGAUGAAUUCAGUAUGAUGAAGAUGGAGGAAAAUGCCACCUUAACCAAAUCCAAGAAAGCAUCAGAAACUGUUUGUAACGUUACCAUGUAUGAAGUGCCAGCUCCAUGGGUUUAUGGAAGGGACCCUUACAUGAAUGAUAAAAAUCAGAAGGAUGAAGAAGAUGCCAUAUGGGAAGAGUCUCCCUGGCCUCUCUACAAUGCACCUUGUUUUCAGAAUAUGAAUAAGUUUAUGGAAAGAUGCAAUGAUGUCCUUGAUUUGGUGGAGACCAUGAAGCAUUUUGAAGUAUUAAAGGCUGUAACUGCAAUAGGAGGUGCAGGCACUUCAAGCUUGGAUGCUAUGGUACAGGAUAUCUGGAAUUCAUAUUGCCUGGCCAAAGAUUCAUUUAUUAGCCAAAUUAAAGAUAUUUUUAUCAUUGACAAAAAUAAUCCAUUUCAGAAAGCAUUUUUUGAUUUAAGAACUACAGUUAAGAGUCUGGAACAUCAACUUGGAAAUAUUCUUAGAAGCAGUUUUGACCAAUGCCCAACUAUUGCUUCCCAGCUCAGGCUGCUGGAGGUGUUUGAAGGUGUCAGCAGAAGAGAUAUUGUUAAGGAUCACCUGAAGGAAAAGGAUCUCCAACUGUAUACCAUGUUUAUGGAAGAACUUCAUCAAGUGAAGGAAAUGUAUUUGGAAAUGGCAAAUAAUCCACCUUUGCAUGUUAAUUUGACUCCUACAGUCAGCAAAUGUUUAUGGAUAAAGGGACUACGAGCAAGAAUUUCUGGUCCUAUGGUAAAUCUGAAGAAAGUAUCACCUACCACUCUUGAAGGAGACAUGGGCUGGGAACUGAGGCAUAUCUACAAUGAGAUAUCACAGGAGUUAGAAAGGUUUGAGAUUAGUGUGGUGACAUCAUGGGUUUCAGCUGUGAACAAAGAAAUAAGUGAUUCCCUAAAGCUUCCUUUGCUUAAGCCUGCUUCAUUGCAUGAUUCUGGAGUAUUCCUACACACAUUAGAGAUUAAUCUUAACUCAGAUCUGCUGGUAUAUCUACGAGAAGCAGAGUACUUCUCUAAACCACCUUUCACAAUUAAGCUACCUGAAUCCGUUGUAUCACUCGUAAGCAACAUGGAAACAAACAAGCUGAAAAUGCUGUGUACUCGAUUGGAAACAGUGGCCUCAAAGUACAAUGAAGUCAUGAAGUCUAUCUCACCCCACCAGAUGGCGCUAUUUGAAAAGAAACUGUUAAAAAUCUCUGAGAUUCUGAGAGAUGGAAUGAGCUUGUUCACUUGGAGCAUGGAUGAGAGCACUGAUUAUAUUGAAUUUGCUACUUCCUACAUCUGCACUGAUCUCUAUAACAGCUACAGCAUUGUUACAAAUAAUUACAAGCUCAUUAGUGAGCUUACAGCAUCAUGGUGCACAGCAAACCUUGACAUUUUCACCUGUCGAGAUUCCAGCAGGAGCUACUCCAUUACUGAAUUAAUGAUUAAACAGAAGGAAAUGGAGUACGAUCUGGAGAGCUUGCUUGUAUCUGAUGGGCACAGGAUUCACAGCCUUGUUCAGCAGUCUUUUGUUGCCUGUGGGAUCAGUGAGGCAUCACCUGCAUGGCAGGAAUUUAUAAUGCACAUUGAUGCUAUAAUUCUGCAAGGGCUAAAAAAACUAACCAUAUCCAGCCUGGCUGCACUGCUAAACACGCUGCUGGACCAUGAACACAUUGCCGUACUCAACAUUGAUGUUGAACUGAUUAAUGGUGAAGUUGCAUUCAAUCCACCCCUUGACCGGAGCACCUCUGAUACAAGUGUAAUGGAAGAUAUAGAAGAAUGGCUCAAAAUGUUUCUUCUCCGGGGAUCACAUGUACAGGGACUUUCUUCAACUGUUAAGGAGGGCUAUCAAGAGUAUGUGUCGAAAGACAGCGAAGCGUUACAACUCAUUGGCCUCAUCAUCCAGCAAGCUGAGAGUGGUAUUCUGGAAUGUCAGGCACUUCUACAGGGUUUUAGGAGUUAUUCGUAUUUAUGGAAAAAAGAUAUUAAUGUAGAAUUCCAGAAUUUCCUUUGUGGUGAGCAGACAGUUGGCCGCACACCUGAGAAAAAUAGCAAUCCAUUGAUUGUGGCAGAAAGGGCAUUCAUUUUGCCCAGGGAUUUCAGCGUACACAUGAUGCAUGGCCCUCUUCUAGAUGACUUUGAUUCUGAAAUUUCAGCAUCCAAGGCUGUCAGGGACAGCAUCCAGGGACUUCCAGAUCAUCAGCAAUGCAGGUGGAUUCACGUGGACUUUAGACCUGUUAAGCAGGUUCUUUCUGCCUAUGCCCUAAAGUGGAUGUGGACAUUUACAAAAUGCCUCAUAGACCAGACAUCUGCUACAUUAAGGAAUUUGGAUUCCUUCUUGAGAAGAACAGAACCCCGUAUCGAAAGCAUUACUGGAGAGGAAAGAGAUACAGGAUCAUUCAUGAAGAUGAUGCGCCUUUUUAAUGAGGUGUCAUCCAAACAAGCAGAAAUGGAGGUGCAGUUUGCAAUCUUACAGAAGACUGAGAGUCUGUUAGGAAAGCAUGACAUGACUCUUCCCUCUGAGUGUGAAGUCCUCUAUAAGACAAUGCCAGCACGCUGGAACACUAUGAAGACCAAAGUUUCUCUUGCCAAGCAACGUCUGGGUCCACGAAUACAACAAGAAGCUGACAUUGUGUCCAAGGAUUUAGAAAUGUUUCAGCAUAAACUUGACACGCUUGGUUCUGACCUUGAGAAUUCUGAAGUCUACAAGUAUGAAUGUACAGCACAGGAAGCCUUUGGCAUCAUAGAGGAAUUUAACAUGCAUCUUGAAGUUUUGCAAAAAGAAGCUAAAGACUUAAAGGAGCUGCAGGAGCUUCUUGAAACGACAGUUGUGGAUUUCUCAAUUUUAAAUAACUGUGGUGAGCUCCUACAGAACCUAAGCCUUGUGUGGCAGCAUGUAGAUUCAAUCUGUAAAGAGCAAGACAUCUGGAAAAAGGAACUGUGGCAUGAUAUGGAUACUGGGGAACUGCAACAGAGAACCAGACAGCAGCAAGCCAAUCUGCAGUCUCUUCCUAGAGAAGUCCAAGAAUGGGAUGUUUACAGGCAGGUGUUGGAAGCUGUGAAUGUUAUGAAUUUGACCUUGCCACUAAUAGAAGACCUCAGCAACCCUGCAAUGAGAACAAGACACUGGAAACAGCUUGUUCGUCAGACAGGGGGAAUGCUCCGUGUAACUGCAGAAAGCUUGAAGGCCAUGACCUUGGGUGACUUACUAGCAAUGGAUUUACAAAAACACACAGGAGAUGUCAGGAUGACAGUGCAACGAGCAAUGAGAGAUUUGACAAUCGAAAGCUCUUUGAAGAACUGUGAAGAAGUCUGGCUGAGCAGAAUAUUUGAUCUUGGCCCUCACAGCAGAGUCAUAUCAGCCAGAGCUGAAAAUGCGGAACUUGAAAGUUCAGUGUCUGGUAGUCAUUAUACCAAGGGAGAUAUGGGCAGAAACCUGACCACAGGAAAAGGAAGCAGGAGGCUAAGCAAACAGUCUGAUCGUGGUUUCCACUUGACAAAGAAGGCAGGCAGGGGCAGCUCAGUGUCCUUGUAUGAAUCUCUGAAACAUAUAGAGGACUUUGGCAAGAUCCAACUCCUGAGGAAUAAAGAGUCUGUGUUUGAGGAACUGGAACAUCAUCAGCUGCUGCUCACCAGUAUACAACCAUAUGCAGAAGCUGGAUCCUUUCUUGAUGAUGUGACAAAAUGGCAGAAGAAGUUACAAGUCAUUGAAACAACUGUCCAGCUGUGGCUUUCCGUGCAAGAUAAAUGGACUCAACUUGAAGAGGUGUUUUCCACAUUAGCAUUUCGUGUUGCCAUGCCUAGAGAAGCCAUUUUAUUUGCUGAUGUGCAUCACCAUUAUUGCCGAUUAAUGAAAUCUGUGGAAGAAAAUCCAAACAUCUUGCAGAACUGCAUGCGAAGAGGACUGCAGUCUUUGUUAGACAUGCUAAACUAUAAACUUGAGCGCUGCCAACAUGCUGUCCGAUUACAUCUAGAACAGAAGAAACAGGCUUUUCCAAGACUCUUUUUCUUGUCCUUGGAAGAAACACUUAAUAUUGUGUGCUAUGGUUAUGAUCUGAAAGUUUUAAGCAGCUACAUAGUAAAGAUGUUUCAUCAUGUGCACAGUCUUAUAUAUCAAUUUAACUCAGAACAUGAGUGUAAUGAAAUUUUGGGUGUAAGAAGUUUUUUAGGGGAAGAACUUUACCUUACAAAGCCUCUUGAAUGUAGUGGCCCUGUGGAGAAUUGGCUGCCACAGCUUGUAAACAGCAUAAAAGCAUCUCUUCAGCAUCACCUGUGGGCAGCCAUGGAGCACUCCAGCACCGUUAUAACAAGGAGAAAAGAGAUACACAGUGCUGGGGCUCGGCGGGUGCUCAUAAACAAAACUUUCUCUGUGGGGGAAACUGCUGCAGAUGAGAGAAGUAUUGUAUCCAUGGCAGCUGAGGAUGUUGGGAAAAAGCGAUCUAGGCACUGGGUCCUCUCUACACUAAGUGAUGUUGCUUACCUCUCCACUCAGAUUAAGUUUUGCCGAGAAUAUAAUGGAAAAAGCGAACAAAGGAAUGAAACAAUGCAGGGCUGCCUUAAGGAUCUGACAGAAGGAAUUGAGUAUGCUGCCAAGAUAUUAAAUGAAAUUCCCCAGGAAGACAUUCAGCUGCAUUCUAAAAGAAGCUCAAAGGCAGAAAGGAAAGGAAAUGGGCAAGAUGAAGGUGACGUUUUCAAAAACCAGCAAGAUGUCAACCCUCUAACUCCUAAGCCAAUGCUGUCUGCAGAGGAUAUAGUGAAAUUAACCAAUCACAUCCUCCUACUUUUAUACCAGCGUGACGUGACAAGUCAGAUUCUGUCAGGAACAGCACCUUUAUGGAAACAGAACCAACCAUUGUGUUAUGGAUUUGAUGACAGUACCAAAGAGAUUGUUGUAAAGAUCGGUGACUCUGAAGUCCAAUAUGGUUAUGAAUAUCAUGGAUCAGCUAAGCAUAUUCUUCUAACUCCUUUAACCGAACAAAUCUUUCUCAGUGUUAUGGGAGCAGUGUCUGCUGGGACUGAUGCUUUGUGUGCAGGUCCACAGGCGUCUGGGAAAAAAUCUACCAUCCGAGAAUUAUCUCUGGCAGUCGGAAAGCCUCUUUUCUACUUUAAUUGCUCAAAUGCUUUGGAUAAUGGCAUUUUACAAGACAUCUGCAAAGGACUUGCUGCUGCAGGAGCUUGGGUCUGCCUGAAUGGAUUGGAACAAUUAUCUCAACCCAGGCUUUCUUUGAUAACUCAGAUGCUUACACAGAUACAGACAGCUAAGCAUCUUGGGAAAGAAACAGUCACUUUACAUUUGGAAGACAUCCCUUUAAACACAACAGGCUUAUGCAUUGCAAUCAUUAAAAGGUCACCUAUUGGCCCAGAGCCAUAUAAACUUCCUGACAGCCUCCUGAAUUGCUUUCGGAUAGUUGGAGUUCGCAAAUGUUCCAUCAACUACAUUCUUGAAGCACAGUUACUUUUUAGAGGAUUUUCCCAUGUUGCUUACCUGGCAAAAAAGCUCUCCACCAUAUUGGAAUCAUUUGCAAAGCUGCACACUGCAGAUCUCUUAGGAUCUGGAUCCUCUAAAAAUGGGAAAUUUAGUGGCUCUUCAGUAAAAGAACUCAACAGUCUACUUGAUGAGGCGAGCAACAUUCUUCAAUUUCUCCUAAAAAAACGGAGUGAAUGCCAAGAGCAAGAAGAGAAUGCAGAUGAAGACUGGAAGCAGUGGUUAGAAGAUCAAGCUAUUGUCAGAGCAAUAUAUAAUUGCUGGUUACCACAACUGUCAAAGGACAGGGAACAUGCUUUUAAGACUUUUUUAAAGGCAGAAUGGCCAAAUGUAUUUAGUUCUGUAAACGGCUUGUAUGACAGUGGCACAGAUUUAAAUAAUCUUGAUGGUCCGUUCCCUACAGUCAUUGCUGCGAAAUAUGGUUCUGGCCAGCAGGUUCCCUCAUCUGAAUGUAUGGGAGAAACCAGCGUCCCGAGUGCCAUAAUAAAAGCUGCUGAAAAAUGUCAUAUUUUUCCCAGUAACACAUUUGUAUCCAAAGUUUCCCAUCUGGUUCAGCUGGCACCAAAAUACCAAACAGUCUUGGUGACAGGACCUGCAGGGUGUGGGAAGACCACGUGCAUUAAAACCUUUGUGGAGAAGUUAAAAGAUGAAGGGAAAAAAAUCAAGAUUGAUAUGGUUUACACGGAGGCUCUCCAGUCUGGUCAGUUGCUUGGGUUCAUGAAUAAAAGCCAUAGAUGGGUUGAUGGCUUGUUACCUCAGUUGUUGAGAGUGUACUGCCAGCCAUCUACUGUUACUGAUCACAAUCAAGCAAACAUUUUGCAUUUGGAUGGAGAGGUCAAUGGCUAUGAAAUUGAAUUGAUGCAGAAUUUGUUCCCUGGAGCAGAAUAUUUUACAUUUCAAAAUAAUGAAUGUAUACGGAUCUCUGAGUCUCUUCUAAUAUUUUGGGAGCUGGAUACAUUAGCCAAUGUGAGCCCUUCAAUCUUGAGUUGUAUGGGUAUUCUGGUCAUGACAAGUGAUGAUAUAGAUUGCAAAUUACCUCUCAAAAUGUGGAUGACAACCCAGGAGGAAGAACAUCAGCCACUAUUACAUCAACUCACCAAGACAUUCCUAGAGCCCUGCUUACAGUUUCUUAGAAAUAAACACAUACUUAAUCCACAAGGACAAAGAGAGGAAAGAAAGAGGCAACACAGAGAGCUCUUCCUUUGUGAAGCAAGUGUGGUGCAGACAUUCUGUAAGAUUGCCAAGGCUUUGAUGGUCCAUGUCCCUGACAUGCUGGGUGAGGAUAUGAAGAAAUAUUUUAUAUUUUCAUGCAUAUGGUCUUUUGGAGGAUGGUUGGACUCCGGUGAGAGAACAAAGUUCAGCAACUGGUGGAGACACACAUACAGAAACCACACCACCUUUCCAACAGAAGGAGAGGUCUGGGACUAUCACAUUGACACUGAUACGCGACAUUUUGUCAGAUGGCAUGACACACUUUCCUCCUACUCUGUUAGUCAUGGACAAAACAUGGCCUCCGAGGCGUUUGCUCACACACUACACAGCGAGCAACUGCUAUACCUUUCAAGCUUAUUGACUACCUCAGGCUGUCCUGUUCUUUUGGCUGGAGAUACCGGGUGUGGAAAAUCUGUUCUCAGCCAUGAGCUGCUUAAUGCUCUGUGCUUGGGGGACGUAGCAGAGAUGUCUGAACUAAGAAUUCCUAUCAACAGUUCAACAGAUCCUCGGAGACUAUGGGGAUGCUUAAAAGACCGACUGGAGUGGCGACAUGGCACAUUGCAUACACCAGCAGGAAACAAGAAAUUGUUAUGUUUGCUUGAUGACCUCAACCUUGCUAAGACCAAUAAACGUGGAAGUCAGCCAGCCUGCGAGUUUAUACGACAGCUACUUGAUCAAGAAAGAAUAUUUGAUCCUCUCUCUUUGAAUUGGAAAACUAUCAAGGGCAUCAUAUAUCUGGCAACAUGGAAUACAGCAGCACCCGAGAUCUCCCUAGCCCAGCGGCAACGUUUGCUCAGACAUUUUUGCAUCUUUCACUGCAAAUAUCCAAGUCAAAAUGAACAGUUUGGAAUAUUCAGCAGUAUACUGAAUGCUCACUUUGUGCCAGGGGUGACGGAACACAAGGGUGGCAGUUCAGGUUAUAUGCCUGCUGAGCAUCUAAAGGGAUUAAUUGCAGAAAUCACUAAAGUUUCAAUUGAACUACACAAGAGACUGCGGACUGUCUUUUUGGGGACAUCUCAGCGCUGUCACUACAUAUUUACACUUCGUGAUCUUGCAAAAAUAUUCAGGAAUAUCUGUCUGUCUCUGGAUGGAAGGACCACAGCCGACAAGUUUCUGAGGCUUUGGAGACAUGAAUGUAAUUGGGUGUAUGGGCAUAGAAUGUCCAGUGCAGUAGAUUAUAACCGAUAUGUACAGGAACUAACUAUAGCCUCUCAGAAAGAGUUAAUGAAUGAAGAAGAGGUCCAGAUUAUUGUGGGCCCUCAGCAGCCCCUAUUCAGUAAUAUUGUUGAGGAUGAAGGUGGGUUAAUCUCUACUGUAGCCAGACAGCAGGACGUGAAUUUGUUCAGGAGAAGUGAGAAGGCCAGCAACAGCAGCACUCAUAUCCUAGAUGGGUACCAGGAAACGUUUGAUUCAGUCCAUGUGAAGCAGUUGCUAACAGAGGCACUGAGAGAAUACAACAAAGUGAAUCCCAGAAUGAACAUCACAUUUUAUCAGAGUACCAUUGAUCUGGUGUGCCGCUUGUCCCGUAAUCUCUGGAGCCCUCAUGGGAGUGCACAUACCUUGCUAUGUGGAGAAGGCUGCCCACGAUCAACCAGCACAGUAACCCGACUUGCUGCGCACCUCUCUGGAUUUGUUGUCAUCCAGCUUGGGUCACAUAUGAAAAUAGAAGAUGAAGAGCAACGAGCCAGAAAUUUAAAAUCACAGCUGGUUGACUGCUAUGUUAAAGCUGGACUGAAGGGUCAACGAACCAUGCUUCUGCUCACAGAAGAAGACAUUGAUCCAACAGCACUGGUGUACAUUGCUGAAUUUGUUGUCUUUGGAUCAGUAUCUCACCUAUUUACACUGGAACAACAGGCAACCAUAGCCCAUGCCAUGAGAAGUGAGGUAACCAAUGCUGGGCUGACAUAUUCAAAGGAGAGUGCAUGGAAUCUGUUUUUGCAGACGGUUCAGCAGAACAUUCGCUGGAUUCUCAUUUGUAGUGACAUAGGUUCUACAUUCUACAAAUGGUGUCAACAAUUCCCCUCCCUCUUUAAUGCACUUAACGUUUAUUACCUCCCUCAGUGGACAAGGGAAAUCCUAGUAGACCAUGCAAAUUAUCAUAUUGAAGAUUUAGGCAUGCUGACCAAGCAAGACAAAGAAAAUAUGUGCUAUCUUCUAUCAUCAAUGCACCUUUCUCUCACUAACCAUAUCAAGUCACUAGAAAACACAUAUAGCAAGAUCACCAAUGCAACCUAUGAAAACUUUGCUCAGUGUUUUAGAGCUCUUAUGAAAAAUCAAUACUCUUUAAUAAUAAAGCAACACGAUCUUGCUGAACAAGCCCUAAUUUGCAUUCAACAAAAACUUACAUCACAUGAAAAAAUUACGGAUGACCUAAUUCAUGAAAAGACUGUCCUGGAACAACACAAGGAGGGGACAAUAAAAAUAUUGCAACAGAUUGCACAGGACAAAGCUGUGGUGGAACAGAAGAUUCAUGCUGUUCAUCAGCAGUUACAGAAGAUCAAGAAGUUCAGAUCCCUUCUUCCUGAAUAUCAAGUUGCACUUGAGAAGGCAGAGUACAAAUGCUCUGCUAUAUUAGAAAAUAUUAAAGACCUGGUGCAAAACAUGGAUGUAACAGCCUUAGGAGAACUGCGUGCAAUGCAAAAGCCAGAUUUGGAUAUUGAAGAGCUUAUGGCAUCUAUCAUCAUAAUUCUGAAGUCUCCAAACACUGACCUCACCUGGGCAAAGGGAGCUAAAAGGCAAAUGGCCAAUCUUGACCGAUUCAUGAAUGAGCUAACAACAUUUCAUGCUGCUCAGUUGCCACAGUCAACUUUUGAGCUGCUAGAAGCUAAUAUAAGGAAAAUUCAGUUUACCCCUGAGAACAUGGAGAGGAAGGCGGCUGGUAACAUGGCAGCAGGGAGUCUAAUGAGAUGGCUUCAGGGGGCAGUGCAGUAUUAUCGGAUUCUAACUUCUAAGGUGAAACCCUUGCAGAGCAGAGUUACGGAGAUGACAAUUGCUUUAGAAGAUGCAGAACAGAAAAUGAUAUCUUUACAGCAGAGAAAAAAAGCUCUUCUUUUAAGAUUAAGUGACCUACAGAGAGGUUUUGAAGAGGCAACCAUGCAUAAAAACAAGCAACAACAAAGGACUGUUGAAAUAGCUAAUAAAUUAGAUCAGGCAGCUCAGGUAGCGCCGCUUCUGGAAGACGAGAACAAGAAAUAUGCUGCUAUUGUAAGCUCCCUUCCAGACAGACUCAGUGGGAUUCCUGGAAGUACAGCCCUGGCAGCGGGAUUAGUGUCGUACCUUGGUGCUUAUGAACACCACUUUCGACAGCUCAUGCUAACAGUGGAAUGGCCUAUGGCUGUGAAAGAAAGAGGUUUCCCAUUAAUGAUAGAUUCAAUUGAUCCAGACAAAGGGCGUGUGAUUGAAUUCUCAGUUAUAUUCCCCAACGAUUCCCCUGUGGAAAGGCAAAAGAACAGUAGUGAUACAAACACUUUAAAAACACAAGAGAAUGAUGAGGAAAGUGCAUGGCAGACUGCAGACCAAGGAGAAGAAAUCAAUGCCUCUUCUUUUUUACCUGUCAUUACUGAGGACCUCUACAUGGACUUUAUUAGGGCUUUGAUUAUGAGAAUUGUAAAGGUGGAUGAAGUUCAAAAAUGGUCAGCAAAAGAUUGGACUCCUCAGCAGAUGGAGAAUGCAGCUAUACUUUCCUUUUCUUGGCAGCGCCCUGCAUUGCUGAUAGAUCCAUGCUUUGAGGGAGAGACGUGGAUUCAAGAUAUCCUGGGUACAACCUCAGGAAAUCCAUUCUCUUACAUAAAUCUACAGGCAAGGCAAGACAGCAGUGUCCUGGCUCCAAUUGAAAAAAACAUUAUAUCUGGUGGACCCCUAAUUCUAAAUAACUACUGUGGUAAAUGGGAUGACUUACUGAUGCCUCUUAUUGACCACUGCUGUGCUGCGAAUGAUAACAGCAGCCAUCAAGAUACUUCCUCAAUUAUAUCCUUCAAUGGGCAUAGGCUUCUCUGUGCAGACCACUUCAGACUAUAUCUUGCAGCUGAUAAGUUAGAACCCAGUCUUAACACGGAAAUAAGUUGUGGUACAACUAUUAUUAACUAUGGUUUCUCUGAAGGAAGUUUGCUUGAUUUGUUGCUAAGAAGAGUUUUUGCAAAACUUCAGCCUGAACUCUAUAGAAAGUUAAUGGAAAUGGCUAACAUUAUCCUGGACUAUCAAAAGAGCCUAAAGGAGCUUGAAAAGAAAAGUAGAGAAUGUUUUAUUUCACUAAAGUUAAACAAUAUGGACAGUGAUAUUAACAUUAUUGAUAUUUUAAAGGAAAAGAAAAAAAUUUCAUAUGAGGUCGAGAAAGCCAGAUUGCACCUAAAUGAUCUGCUGCAAGUGAGGGACACAUUGUACCCCAUAGCUCAACAAGGGGCUGUCUUAUCUUCAUUCUUAAAGUCUCUAAGAUCCUUAAGUCCGGAAUAUUACUUCACCUUUGAUUUUUUCUUAAAACUAUUUGACUCAGCCAUUGAGACAAAGGACAAGGUCAAGGAAGAUGUUUUUCAGCUGAAGAAGGAAACAUCUCCUGAAGACCCUCCUCUUAUAAUUCCUCCUUCUGAAACUGACCAGCAGAUGGAUGAAGCCGUAAUAAGUGAGAAGGACAUAGAAGAAACUGAAGACUUUAUAGUCGACCUUCCUAUGUCCGAUGGUGCCAACACCAUCAUGGUCACAGUCGACAUGCUAACAAAAAUGGCCCAUUUCACCCCCUUGAAAAAAUUACCAACCUCCAAAGAGACUGCACAAACCUUCAUCACCCAAAUACUUAAGCUACAUGGAUUGCCUUCUCGGAUCAUCUCUGAUAGGGGGAGCCAGUUCAUUUCUCGUUUCUGGAAAACCCUGUGUGAUACAUUACAGAUCGACCAUCGCAUGUCCACUGCUUAUCACCCCCAAACCAACGGGCAAACGGAACGUGUUAACCAAUCCCUCGAGCAGUACCUCAGAUGCUAUUGCACACAUCUCCAUGAUGACUGGUCCCAGGUUCUGCCUCUCGCCGAAUUUGCAUACAACAAUGCUACCAGUUCAUCUACCCAACUAUCUCCAUUCUACGCUAAUUAUGGCUUCCACCCGAAAUCUCUGCCCACGUCUUCGCUGCCAAGCAAUGUUCCCUCAUUGGAGGACUACCUCUCCACCUUACAGAAGACCUCAGGGAUUCUUCGGUCCAACCUCGAAGCAGCACAGGAAAAACAGAAGCGCUAUUACGAUACCCGCAGAACAGCCCCUCCUACGUACCACGUUGGUGACAUGGUGUGGCUCUCCGCCAGGAACCUACGACUUAAAGUUCCCUCACGGAAACUAGGCCGGCAGUUCGUUGGUCCCUUCCCAAUCGAGAAGGUGAUCAAUGCGAAUGCUGUUCGUCUGACACUACCCCCAGAUUGGAAGACACACCCCUCGUUCCAUGUUUCGCUCCUUAAACCCUUCAGGCCAAACCCAUUUCCAGAGAGAAGACCACCUCCGGCUCCUCCGGUUGACAUACAGGGUGAGGUUGAGUUCAAGGUCGAGCGGAUACUCGACUCAAGGAAGAGAGGUUCUUCUCUUCAAUACUUGAUAAGAUGGAGAGGUUAUGGGGCUCAGGAUGACUCUUGGGGGGACUCAGCUGACGUCCAUGCUCCUCGACUAAUUCGUGUUUUCCACCGUAGGUACCCUGAUCGGCCAGCUCCGGCUGGGAACCCCGGGGGUGUUCCCUUGAGGAGGGGGUCCUGUAACGCCACCGCCAUAGACCUUAAUGAUGCCAUGCCAGAUUCCAAAACCCAAUUACUCACCAGCAUGACUUACCCAAGCACCUCCAUUCUAUCUUCAGUUCAGAUGAUGAAUAUAAUGGAUCAAUUAACCCAAGCUGUAUACCAAGUUAUAAAUGAGAGUUCACUUCCAGAACACAACACCCAAGUGUGUGCGCUCUUGUUUCUUUGUAUUCAACACUUGGAAAAUAAAAAUGCAAUCACAGAGGAGGAAAUUGAUUUCUUCUUGAAAGGCAGUUACACAUUUAACGAAAAACAUCUGAACAACACCCCAAAUCCACCAUCAUGGUUGCCUUAUGAUAGUUGGGAAAAAAUUAUGUUUUUGUCAGCCACUUCAGUGCAACUCAGGCAGUUGUGUCACAAGAUAACAGAGAAUGCUUCAGAAUGGGGAAAAUGGUACAACUCAGAUUAUCAAAAUGUUCUUAGCUCAGAUGCUCCAACAAAUGAAGAUAAUGUGAGCAGAGGUGUUUUCCAGCUUCCUAUGUGUGCAGAUACGAGUUCUCAAUUGGAUGUCUUUCACCGCCUAUUGAUUAUUCGUGCAGCACAUCCAGAAUGCUUUCCUGAUGCUGUAUGUCAGUGGGUCAAACAACUGUCCAGGGACCUAGACCUUCAGGAAUGUUGCCAGAGCAUUGAAAGCAUAGCAGUGCUGGAUCAAAAUACCAUUGGUAUUUUAGUUAUUGAACCUUCUGGCAUGUCCAGUACGAUUUCAUACAGUGGAGCAAUCCUGAGCUAUAAGGCCAAACAAACCAUUGCCGGUACAGCAAAGGGAGGAAAUAACUUGGAGGCAGAAGGAGGAGAGGGGGACAUUGCAGAACAAAGAGACAUGGGUGAAGAACCUUUCAGCCAGGGUUCUCACCCAGCCGAGAUGGAUGUCCUUGCUAAAGGGUUGAAUUUCGCAAUCACACCAAGAACCAUCCCUGUAGUGGAUAUUAUCUCAGCCACUGAGGACUCGAUUCACAGUAACAAAGUAGCACAGGCACUAAAUGAUACAAUGAAUCAGAAUGGCUGGCUCAUUAUACAAAACCUUCACCUAGCCUCAAAGGCCAUGCUAAGGAACCUAUUAAAGAUUUUAAAAUAUGCUGCAAAAAUGCGUGUAUCACAGAAAGAGGAAAGACAGUUUUGUGUGUGGCUUACUUCUGAGCAUGGUGCAUCUAUUCCGAAAGACUUCUUAGCACAUCUUAAAAAGGUAUCCUGGCAUUUCCUAAUAAUGAAACAAGAUAAAAAGAAAUUGUCACUGAAUGAUGGGACAUAUAUGGACUGUCUGCCUCAACUGUUGCUUUCAGCCAUCACUUCAGCAAUGGAUCAGAUAAAUGAAGAGACUUGUUCAAGCGUGAAGAGGAAUCCAGUCUCCGUUCAAAGACUCUACUUUGGAAUUUGUGUAUUGCAUGGUGUUCUCCAAACACAGCAGAUAUUUCCCAAAACGGGGCUGAAUAAGCUAAUGGAUGUGAGCCCUGUACAGUUGCACCAGGCCCUUAAUGCCAUCCUUUCCACCUAUGAGAGAACAAAAGCCUGUAAUAACAACUUUUAUGAUGCCAUGGCGGAGGAAGUAAACUCCAUAUAUUCUGGACUCUCGCUAACAUCUGUGGAUGCAAAUUACAUUGGAGCUCUAGUGCAGGAGAUCAUCUCAGCUACCUUUCAUGAAAAAGAAUUUAUUGCCAUCAACCAUCUUAUCAUUCCUAUUCCACCUGCUGAUGUGGACCCUGAACACUAUUCUAGCUGGUUGAUUGACAACAUGCAAUCAAAGAAUAUUCAGAAAGAUUCCUUCUUGCCAAGUACUGCUGAGAAAGCUGCAGAGAAUGCAUAUGCCUCUGAAUUUAUGCACACUCUCUCGGUGAUGUAUGAUACCAUGCAAAGUUCUCAGCCGAUAAUCACAUCUGGAAGUGGCAAUACUAUAAAACAGCUGGCCUACUUGCGUACUGUCGGCGAAAUGGUGUUAGAACAACUCCCUCCAUUGAUUCAGAUCGAUGAUGUAAAAAUGUCAUUCCAAGAGACCUUUUCUAAUAAUAAUCGGACUGCGCCAAAUCAGCAACCUAGUACAUACAUUCUCCUACAGGAGUGCAACUGCAUGAACAUGACCCUUAAACAAAUUAAACACAACGUUUCUGCAUUGUCAAGGUGUUUGCUGGGCGGAAUGACAGCGAUGCCAGAAAAUCUGAGAGACAUUGCAAAUGCCUUACAGAGAGCAGAGGUCCCCAAAUCUUGGCUUCCCUCUCACAGCUGCCAGACAUCUCAUAAUAUCAGCACUUGGCUGGAAGGUCUGCAAAAGAAACACAAACAGCUCAAUCAGUGGGUGAGAAAAGGUCUAAUGCCGUUUGCCAAGAGUGAAAAGGAAGCCUUGACUUCCAUAAGCGUUGGAUUUCUGGUUAACCCAGAGGCCUUGUUGUUGGCACUGAGAACUGAGUUUGCAGUUAAUCAUGGAUAUUUAUUGCAUGAGGUGGUACUCCAAUGCCAUAUAAAAGAAUAUCCAGACUUCAAACUAGACAGUGAGGUCUAUCCACUUUAUCUCAAGGGUCUCGUCUUACUGGGUGCAGAGUGGGAUUUCCAAAAAAAUUACUUGGUAGAAUCCAGGGACACAUUUAAUCUAUUACCAUAUGUUGUUAUAUUUCCUACCCUUCUUGGCAACGUCAGACAACCUGCAGAUGGGACUGAUUUCUAUCAGUGUCCAGUGUUCAUGGACUACACAAUGCAGAGCUGUGUGAUGAGACUCCCUCUCUUGGGCACAAAACCUAUAACACAGUGGCAGCUGAAGAAAGUGGCUAUUAUCUUAAAUCCAGAAAUUGGCUUUAACACAUCGGGGGCAUUCUUGCAUGUGGCAGAGAAAACCCCAAGAAGCUUUCCAUUUUUAAACUCACAGACAGGCAUGGAUAAACCAUCACACUUCAGAAUUUUCAACAGACAAAGCAGAAGUAAAGAUUCCUUCUUAGUGCAGGAGCAUGGUCAUGAGUUAGCUGCGAACAAUGAUAUUGAAAGCUUUUCUGAAAAGGCUGUAAUUGCUGACAGUUUACUAAUGGAGACAGCAAAUGGCUCUGCAUCACUUCAAGAAAACGUCACAACGGAUGUAGUUGGCGAGAUCAUAGUUUCCGGUAACAAUUUAGCAUCAAAUCAAAAUGAUGAUAAGUUCAUCAAAGGAACUGUAAAAGAUGGACAUCAGAUGGCGUUUGCACCUGAUGAAAACGAAGAUGGCAAUGAAAUGAAAGAAAACUUGGCAGAGGGAAGCCGUUUCCUUGAGUUUCAGUUUGAUAAAGCUGCAGAGGCAGUAAAUGAGCCAUCCAUUAGAGAACACUUAAUGGAGCACACAAGGAAUACUGAUUAUGAGCUUACUGAUAAUGAGCAAGACCAUGAAGAUAACAAUGGCAACUUUGAUGAGUCAGAAAAUCGAGACUACAAAGAAGGCUUGGAUGCAAAUUGUCGAGACAACUUUAACAAAAGUCUGCGGGACAAUAUUGAUUAUGAGGCAGGUGAAUAUCAAGCUAGUUUUAUACAUGAACAGGAAAAUGUGGAAAAUAAUGAACAAGAAUUUUAUUACACUAAUAGUACACCUGAUAAUGUGGCUGAAGCUGAUGACAACGAUGUCAGCGCGAGAGGGCCUAACGUUGAACCCUUUGAAAGAUCGGAAAUCCUUGAUGCUGAUAACAAAAUGCUGGAAUAA